AUGGCAAAUAAUUCAAUAGCUACCCAAAGAUUAAUGCGUGAAAAAUAAAAGAUGGAAUUAAAUCCAAGUGAUACCUUUUUAGCAUUUCCUCAUAAUUAGAAUAUAUUUGAAUGGCACUUUCUUUUAUUUAAUUUUGCAAAUGAUUCACCUUUUAAAGGAGGAUAAUUUCAUGGAAUAAUCAACAUUCCAGUUGAUUACCCACUUAAACCUCCAGCAAUAAAAUUUGUUACUCCAAAUGGUAGAUUUGCUGUUGGUGAAAAGAUUUGUUUGUAUCUAACAUAUUAUUGAAUUAUAGAUCAUUCACAAACUACCAUCCUGAGACAUGGAGUUCUUCAUGGACAAUUGCCUCAAUGCUUGUUGGUUUAGUAUCAUUUAUGCAUACUAAUGAAAAAACGGUAGGUGGUUUAGAUUGUAAUAACUAUUAAAAACAAGUAUAUGCAAAAAAGUCUAUAAAGCACAAUUUACAAAAUCAAUAAUUUGUUGAACUAUUUACUCCUCAUUUUAAUAAAUUAGGCAUUCAGUAAAAUGAUUUCUAAGAAACUAUGUCUUAAUAGCCUGAUUUCAAAGCUAACUUACUUGAAAAAGGACCUGAAGAACAGCCAGAACCAAAUAUUAAUAACAAUGUCAAUAAUAAUAACAAUAAUAAUAACCAUAAUGCAGUUAGAAAAUGGCUAGUUUUAUUAGUUUUAUUAUUAGCUUUUCUACUAUUGCUGAUUUACAUAAUUUUUGGAAUGAUUUGA